AUGUGGCGGAACUGGAAUAAAGUGAUCCUGGUCAGCGAUCGGAUGUGUGGUAGAAAGCGAAGCUGGGGAUCGGACCUGAUGCCUACAUUGCCCACACAUUUGCAGUGUCUGAGGGAGGUUGAGGAGUUCGGACCCGCAGAUUCUUACUUUAAUGAUUUUGAGGAAAACAUUAGCAGCAAAAUGAAGGAUGUGACAGCUGAGUCUGGAAAGCAUUGCAGGCUCCAAGGCAAGUUCAAUCUAUCGGAAAUAUCCAAAGAUGGCGAUAUCGUUCUAGGAGGUAUCUUCAAUGUACACGUUGAUCACUUUGAACAAAUGAAUACGUUCGUUACUGCUCCAGAAGAAACAAAAUGCAAAAGUUUCGAUUUCAGAGCCUUCCGACUGGUGAAUACGAUGAUGUUUGCAAUAGAGGAAAUAAACCAGAACCCGGCACUGCUUCCUGAUAUUACUCUGGGAUAUAAGAUUUAUGAUGACUGCGGAUCUUCCAAUAUUGCCACUAAAGUAGCACUGAGCCUUGUGAACGGUCAAGGAGCAACAGAGGAUGACCAUAACUGUGAAGGGCCUCCUAAUGUCCCAGCUCUUGUUGGUGUUGCUGGAUCCUCAGACUCCAUAGCUGUUGCAAGGUCAAUUGGUCCAUUCAGAAUCCCAAUGGUCAGUUACUUCUCCACGUGCGUCUGUCUCAGUGACAGAAACGAAUAUCCCACGUUUUACAGAACCAUACCCAGUGACUACCAUCAGUCCAAGGCUUUAGCUCAAAUCAUUAAGAAGUUUGGAUGGACGUGGAUUGGGACUAUCAGAAGCAACAAUGACUAUGGUAACUUUGGAAUGCAGGCAUUUGUAGACAUUGCGCAGGAACUUGGCAUUUGCAUUGCCUUCUCGGAAUCAUUUUAUAGAACAGAUCCAUUUGAAAAGUUAAAAAUAAUUGUAAAUAUAAUUAAGUUAUCGACCACAAAAGUUGUGGUGGCUUUUGCUGGUGAUACCGAAAUGCAAUUAUUACUCAAAGAAGUAAUACGACAAAACCUCACUGGAAUACAGUGGGUGGGAACUGAAGCCUGGAUAACAGCCCAACUUAUUGCCCCAAAUGAAAGUGCGAGAUUUCUUAUUGGAGCAAUUGGCCCAGCGAUUCCUUCAGCAGAAGUAAAGGGAUUGCAGGAAUUCCUUCUGAAAAUUCAUCCGUCUAAGUUUCCCGGAAAUAGUUUAGUUCAGGAGUUUUGGGAAACUGCGUUCCAAUGUAGUUUCUGGUCAGGAAACACAAGCCAAACAAACACAACAUCCACAUUGCAGCAAUGCACCGGCAAAGAAGAUGUAACAGAAAUACACAAUGGAUAUUCUGAUGUAACUAUGGAUGGAAUUUCCUACAACGUAUACAAAGCGGUGUACGCUUUAGCUCAUGCACUUCACAAUCUGCUUUUGUGUGAGAGAGGAAAAGGACCAUUUAUGAACAACACCUGUGCACACACAUCAAAUUUUCAGCCAUGGCAGAUUCUCCAUUACCUACAGUCAGUAAAUUUUACAUCUAAAUCCGGUGACAGAAUUUAUUUUGAUGAAAACGGUGACCCUGUGGCCAAGUAUGACUUGAUAAACUGGCAAAAGAAUUUGAAAGGCGUUGCUGAAACUCGUGUAAUUGGCUUCUACGAUGGUUCCGCAUCUCCAAGCCGGGAGCUUACGGUGAAUGAGGAGGCUAUCAUCCCACGUGCGGUUUGCAGUGAGAGCUGUAUUCCUGGAACAAGAAAAGUUGCCAGAAAAGGCCAACCCGUGUGUUGCUUUGACUGUACAGAAUGUGCUGAGGGAGAAAUCAGCAACAUCACAGACUGCAUUAAAUGCCCUGAACAAUAUUGGCCCAAUCAGCAGAGAGAUCGUUGCCGACCAAAGGAAAUAGAGUUCCUCUCCUUUACCGAAAUGCUGGGAGGUGUAUUGCUGACAUUGGCUCUGGUGGGAGUGAGCACCACAAUAAGUAUUGCCAUUGUCUUCUUCACACACAGAGACACUCCUAUUGUUAAAGCCAACAAUUCUGAGCUCAGCUAUCUGCUUCUCUUUGCAUUAACGCUGUGUUUUCUGUGCUCAGUGACUUUCAUUGGCGAGCCCUCAGUCUGGGCUUGCAUGUUGUGCCACACAGCAUUCGCUAUCGCUUUCGUUCUCUGUAUUUCCUGUAUUUUGAUUAAAACAAUCCUUGUGAUUCUGGCGUUUAAGGCAACUCUUCCAAACAACAACAUGGCCAAAUUGUUCGGGCCUGCUCAGCAGCGUUGGAGUGUAUUCCUCCUUACCUCUGUUCAGUGCCUGAUAUGUACUCUCUGGUUAACUAUAUCACACCCAUUUCCCAUGAGAAACACAGAAUAUUACAGAGAGAUUAUCAUUCUGGAAUGUGACCUGGGCUCUGUGAGCGCCUUUUAUUCUAUGGCGGGAUAUAUUGCUUUCCUGGCCGGAGUGAGCUUUGUGCUGGCGUUUCUAGCUCGGAAAUUACCUGAUAACUUUAAUGAGGCUCAAUGUAUAACCUUUAGCAUGCUCAUCUUUUGUGCUGUUUGGAUCACUUUUAUACCAGUUUACAUCAGCUCUCCUGGGAAAUACACCGUUGCUGUCGAAGUCUUUGCUAUUUUAGCCUCGAGUUUUGGGUUAUUGUUUUGUAUUUUUGUUCCUAAAUGUUACAUUAUUUUGAUAAAACCUGAAAUGAAUACCAGAAAACACUUGAUGGGCAAAGUACCUGUAAAUAAAUAA